AUGUCAUUAGUAUUUACAAAUUUAUACAAUCAAAUUGUUGCUACAUCAAUUCCAUCAUCGCCAUAUGAUUUACCAAAAAAACCUCUUAGUAAUUUACUCAAUGAAAUAACACGUUAUGUAGCUACAUCAUCAAAUUUAGACAAUGAUGAUGAAACAAUUAUAUUUGGAUUACAAAUUCUUCUUUUGAGUGAUAUUGAACGUGUUCGAACUGCAUCAAUUCGUGCUCUUCGUUAUUCAAUUCAUCGUGAGACUAUAUUAGACAAAUUUCUUGAAUAUCGUUUAGAUUAUCUUAUCUGUCGAUCGUUAACAACUGGUCUUGAUAUUGGACGUGAACGUUUAGAAUCCUAUAAAUUUAUUCGUCGUUUUCUUCAAUUACAUCCAUUUCAAAUUCCACAAUCAUUUGUUUUUAUUCUUGGUACUAUUGUUUCAUCAAGUUAUCUACCAACAAAUACAUCUACAAUGAAUAAUUCUGAUCCAAUGGUUAAAUUAUGUUUAGAAUUAUUAUGUGAAAUUGCUAUUCAUAAUCCACAUAUAUUAAAAGAAUGUCAAGUUAUAAAUAUAAUGUUAAAAUUUAUUGUUGAUUUUGAACAAGAUGAACUUGUUGAAAGUGUUAUUUAUUCAUUAUUACAUGCUAUUGAUCGUUUUACAAUUAAUGAUAAUAGUGAACCAACUAUUGUUGAUUCAGUUGAUGCAAACGGUCCAUCAUUAGUUUUUGUUGACGAAGGAAUGCGUGGACGACAUGAAUUAAUUAGAAAUAUGUUUAGUCAAUUGGUAGCCGUUUUUCCUUUAUGUGAAAAAGGAAAUAUGAAAUCAACUGAUCGUCGUGGAAUGACACCAGCAGCAUACGAUAAUUUAGCAAUUAAAGGAACUGAUAAAAUUCGAACACUUAGAUCAUGUACAGUAGCAUUGCUAACAAUUUUACAUAGUUGGAUAGGUUUCACUGCAUUUUGUCAAUCAAGAAAUUCGUCGAUUCGUUUACUUGUUAAUUGUUUAAUUGUGCAAUCUGAACCGAUGAAAAUGUCAAUUCUUGAUCUACUUUAUGAUUUACUUAAUCUUGAUACUCCAGCUCCUUGUGAUAGUUAUGAAGCUGCACUUAAAUCAACAUAUCCAAUAUGGAAUUUAACGACAGUAGAAGAAGGUUAUACUUAUGUGGCUAGUGAAGGUGCUGCUAAAUUACCACGUAUAUCAUCUACAAGACCCAAUUUACUUGAUAGUCAUAUGGCAUUAAUGCUUUUGACUUUUAUUGAUGCUGGUUUUCUUGAGGCUAUUACGGAAAUCGCAUCAAGUGAUAAUACAAUAUUAUCUAUUCGUGCUACACUUCUUUUAGCAAAUUUUAUUUGGCUGUGUAAUGAACAUCUACCCGAAGAACAAAGUUUUCUUUUAUUACCUCUUCUUAUGGACAUUGCUAUUGCUGAUGAUAAUAGUGUUAAACGAAGUUUUGCUAAAGAAGCUAUGCUUCAUAUAAAUGCAUUUUUUGAAUUUAAUAAACGUACACGUUACACACAUUCAUUUCAAUUAGCACAAUUAAUUUAUCAUUCUCAACAUUUAAAUGAUUAUUUUACAAUAGCACAACAUGUUAUUACAGAUACUACUCGAAGAAAAUCAAUGGUAGCUUCGGAUGAUCCUUUAGCUACAGAAAGAAUUGAUAAUUUAAUUCGUGAUACAAAUACAUUACAAACAAAUAUCUAUCAGAAAUGGAAUUGGGAUCUUAUAUUAGCCUUACUAAAAGAUUUUUCUAAAUUGGCAAAUCAAACCCAAGGUGAUCUUUAUGAACGGUUUCUUGAUAAACUAUUUGAUUUUUUCAAACCUGAAAACAAAGAUGGUUUUAGUAGUAUUCAAUUAACUGAUUCUCUAUCCAAUGUUACUUGCCGAAGUUUAAUAGCAUUUUCUGAUCUUCUUGUUUAUCCAUCUCGAAUACAAUCGAAUCAUAUAAAAUAUAUUGCAAGCAAUAUUGCUCGAACACUUUUAACAAGUAUUAAUGAUGCAUUAAAACAAUCAAUUUUAGCUAUGACAGAAGAUAUCGGACGUGCUAUUAUAACUGAACAUGAUUUAUUAUCAAAAAAUAGUGUUUAUUAUUAUCUAUUUCUUGGUCGUUUAAGUAAAACAGCAUUUGGUGUAGAAGCUUUAACUGAAAGUGAAAUAUUCGUUCGUCUUUUGGAAAUGUUAAGAAUGGAUGAUUGUUUUGCAACGUCAGCUAUUGUUGCAUUAUCAUCAUUUAAUUAUUAUUACGAUGGUUCAUGUCGGCAUUUUCUUGUACAAGCACUUAAAACACCUUGUAUGGCACUUCGUUUAUAUUGUACUAGUCUUCUACGUGUUAUUCUUCGUUGUAAUCCAGUUGCAUUCGGUACUUGGGGUGUAGAUCUUUUAUGUUCUCAGUUACAUGAUACAAAUCAAACCGUUGUUCUUGAAACUGUUUCAAUUAUUGAUGAAGCUUUAGAAGAUAAAAGAUUAACUAAUAUAUUUCAUAAGCAAUGGCAUGCAUUAACUGCUUUAAAAACUAAAAGCUCAUAUUUAAAUGAUAUAUAUCAUUUAAUUUCUGCACGUUUAUGUUCUAUACCAUUUAAUCAAUUAAGUGCGGAUACUACACAUCUAGCAAAAGUACGUGCAGAACUUCGUUAUUGGGAUAGAACAUUUAAUAGUCAAUAUGUUAUAUUUAUGGAAACAAGAUUAUUUGGUGCUUAUUCAGGUGGAGCUCUAUUAACAGAUGAUUAUUUUGAACGACGAAAAACAUCAUCAGGAGGAUCAAGAUUUGCAAGAAAAAAAAUUACUAUACAUGUAUCAACACAUAUCUAUAGACAAUUAUGUUUACAUUAUGAUGGAUAUAUAUUAUUACGUAAAGAAUCACGUUUAGAACAAUAUGCACAUGAUUUAAAACAACAUCCAACAAAUUGUAUUAAUUUAAAUGAAGCAAGAAACAUUAAAGAAGCAUUAUGGGCACUGGCACAAACAGCUAGUACUGAAAAUGGUUUUGAUUGGUUUAUGAAAAAAGAUUUAUUAGCGGAUUAUUUAAGAUUUGCUGAAGAAUGUCAAAAUUUAUCUGUUCGAGGUACGGCUUUCUAUGGUCUUAGUUUAAUAGCUCAAACUCCUGAUGGUGCAAUGUCAUUGAAAGAUUUUGGUUGGGAAACAUAUCGUGUACGUGCUCAUUCUAUACCAUCAUCAAUAGCAAAUACAGAUAGUUAUCAAUGUGCUGAAAGACGUUUAACUAAAACUGGUACAACAACAUCAUCAUCAUCAACAACAGCAUCGAAAAAUAUUUCUCAUCAAACUAGUGUCAUAUCUAAUGAACCAUCAACAGCUGAUGUAUACGGACGACAUCGAUCUAAUCCAUUACAAGAUUCUGUCGUGCCUGAAGUUAAAUCAAAACGAUCAUUUACUAUGCCUUCAUCAAUUUGUUUAAAUUCAACCGAUAAAACGGAUGUUCGACAUGUUGUUAUAGCUGAAGAAAAUGGAUCAACAUUACAAACAAAUUGUACUGCUACAGUAACAUUUCCAGAUGGUCUUCAACCUGGUAGUGAUGGUCCUGUUCUUAUUACUGUUCCUAUUCGUCGUUCAUCUAGUAUAUCAAAAGAAUUAGCAAAUCUAUCAAUUUAUCAUGAUUCUCAAAUAACUAGUGGAAGAACAGGAUCAUUUUCUGAUAUUGAAGGUGCUCGUUCGUCAUCGUUUGGUAAUCAUCCAUAUAAUAAUCCACCAUCAUCAACAAUAGGUCAAACAGUAACUGAUAGUUUACCAUUAGAUCGUCUCCGUCCACGAACAAAAUCAGCGCAUCAAUCAAAUGCGAUACGUCAAUCAAAACAAUUACAAAAAGUUCCUGAAGUUAUUCAAGCUUUACGUGCUCCAACAGCUAAUAAUGGUGGAAGAUCAGAACCAUCAGCAACUGAAGAACUUUAUCGAUCACGUUUAUUACGUUGUAAUUUUCUUUUAAAACCUGAUGCAGUUGGUUAUGAAUAUGCAAGACGUAUACAAGAAAUAAGUCAUGCGACUUAUACAUAUAUAACUAAUAGUAAUAAUACGAAUACGAAUUAUUUUGAUCAUGAUAAUGUACCAAUGAUUAGUAAACAAGAUGAUUUUUUAUCACCAUUUCAUACAUAUAUAUCGAAAUUUUAUAAGAAAAUGUAUGAAGCACAUAGUAUAAGUAAUCAACAAGUAGAUAAAUUUACAACAGAUGAUGGGAAAUUUUCUUUGGAACAACGUGAUUUAGAUGAUGCCGAUGAAGAUGGACAUACAAUUUAUCGUGGUUUGGCUGUACCAGUCGAUAUCCGACAAGUUGUUGAGAUAUCCGAUGGCUAUAAUUUGAACUUUGAAACUUGGUCUGAUCUUGUUCGUGCCCGUUCACGUGCUAAUACAAAUGCUGAUCAAAUACGUACACGUAGUACUACGAAUGCAUCAAAUAGUUCUGGAGAAUUUGCACCAACAACAAGUCCACCACCACCAAAUUUAUUACAAGAUCAAGUCAUACCUACAACAUUAACACCUUCAGUACAUCAAACAACAUCAGUACAAUCAGUAAAUAUUUGUAUGAUGUGUAAUAAUACAUCACAUGAAGAUCCAAGAGUAGUAAUGGAAAAAGAUUUGAUUAAUAUAAAAGCAUUAUCAAGUCGCCUUAUUGUUGGUAUUCAUACAGACGAAAUUGAAAAACAAUUAUUAAGUUUAAAAGAAAGUGAUCCACAAAUUUUUGAUAAUAUAUGUUUAUAUUCUGAAAUAUGUUAUAUAUUAACAUUAAGUUGUGUUCGAAUUGGUGCUCAACGUUUUCUACAUGAUUUAUUUUCCGAUUGUCAAUUUCAAAAAUUACGAACACGACGUCGUCUAGUCGAUAUAUUACAUGAAGAAGAAGAAUAA